UCCGUCAAACCCAAAAUUUUCGUAUGUCAAAAUGUUAAACCGCCCAUUUUCAUCAAUCAAUACGAACAUCUUCGACGAAACAACCCACAAUUCCUCUCCUGCUACUCUAUGUGGUCAGAACGUUCUCGUCUCACAAGAACAACGCCAAAAAGUUUACAACACCUUAACCACUUCCAUCGCCGGAAUGCCUGCAUAUUCAGGCCACUACCCUCCAAUACAACAAAACUAUCCUAACCAAAUUAUGAUGCAACAAAACUAUCCCAAUCCCGUCACCUUUACUUUCAACCCAAACCAUUCUGUUCUUCCGCAACAUAACUGCUGGCAGUGCCCUCCUACAAUGGGAACUCUAAACCAACUACAGCAGAUGAAUGCUAUAGAUAUGUUGGCGCUACAGGGCCAGUUAAACGAACCAUAUAGGUGUAGAUUCCACUUGGACAAUCAAACCUCGACUUCUGACUUGUCUAAAGAAAAUGUUCUUAGACCCGAUUUGAAUAAUCUUGCGGGGAUUUUAAAGAGUAAAUGGCCGUACUGGCUGCAAGCUCCCACCAAUAGAAAUCACAAAAAACUAAUUCUUAGAAAUGCGAUAGCCAAAGUGGAGGGGAACGUCUACGAUGACGUCGACAAGCAGGACGAGGCGAAAAAAGUCAAUUUUGACUUAAAUACCACGAAGGACGCGGUCUGUCAAGCCGAAUUUGGUUGCAGUUGCUGUCAGAACCAAAAUAAUGAUCCUCAACCAAAGCCAGCAAAAUCUUCAAAAAGACGCAGGAAAAGUCGCAAGCGGGGUGGAAACUUCUCGGAAGAGAGUGCUACGGAGGAUGACGAUCACGAAACUGACAAACUGUAGUACUUAUUUUAUUUUUCAUAAUCGCAAAAACAAAAUUUGACGUGACGUUUAAAAAAUGAGAACAGGAAGUAAAAACACUUUUGAACAUCUUAAUACUUUUGUGAAUGGGCGCUUUGAGGAACUCCGGUACGACCAUGAAAGCUUUUGUAAUCAGUUGAUUGGGAUGACCGAGACGCUGAAUUUGAUCGUUUCUUCAAGAACAAAGCUUGAGGUGUUAUGCAACCGUUUGGUUUUCUUAAAGCAACACCAGGAGUGUCUCGACGGUGUUUUAAAAUUAAUUGAGAAAUGGGAAAAUCAGUGGGACGAAACCAUAUCCGGUUUUGAAAAGAAGUAUGAAUGUUUACAAAGUAUUGAAGAUAAGUACAGGAGUUCUAUUUUUGACAUUGCAGAUAAAAUUUUCACGAAUUUGAAGAACUCCUAUGAGGUGAUUGAAGGUAUUGAGAAGAAAAUUUCCGAUUGUGUUGAGGCGUCAGAAAAAGAACCGGUCUUUUUACUGUUCCAAGUUUUUAGCAGGAACCUUCGUUUAUUAGAAAAACUAUACUCCUACAUUCAAAAGUUGAAGUACUGGACCGACGUUAACGAAAACUUUCUAGUAAAACGCUGUAUUUGUAACAGGAUUCUUUAAUUUCUUACGUUGGCUUCUCUUCGCCUCAACGUUGGUCUUACAAAAUAAAUAAUUAUAGAAUAAAUUAUUAACACUACAAAAAUUAUGGCAUGUACUAUUUUGUAAUCUACGGCUUCAAGUAAAGCAUCGAAAAUGAGAGUGUAUAUUAUUGUAAAUAAAUAAAUAACAGAAGUCAAGA